CCCACGCUGGCCACCAUCGCCUCGCGGCUCUACGCCCACGCCAGCCUGGAGAACCACGUGCGGCUGGCCGUGGUGAAGGUGGUGGCGCUGGGCGAGAAGGACAAGGGGCUGGAGGUCACCAGGAACGCCGCUGCCACCCUCAAGAACUUCUGCAAGUGGCAGCACCAGCACAACCGCCUCGACGACGACCACGACGAGCACUAUGACGCCGCCAUCCUCUUCACCCGCGAGGAUUUAUGUGGGCAUCAUUCAUGUGAUACUCUGGGAAUGGCAGACGUUGGGACCAUAUGCUCUCCUGAGCGCAGCUGUGCGGUGAUUGAAGAUGACGGCCUCCAUGCAGCUUUUACAGUGGCUCACGAAAUUGGGCAUUUGCUUGGACUUUCCCAUGAUGACUCCAAAUUUUGUGAGGAGAACUUUGGCUCCAUGGAAGACAAGCGCUUGAUGUCCUCCAUUCUCACGAGCAUUGAUGCUUCCAAACCCUGGUCCAAAUGCACUUCAGCAACUAUAACAGAAUUUUUUGAUGAUGGUCAUGGCAACUGUUUACUGGACCAACCAAGAAAGCAGAUCCUGGGCCCCGAGGAGCUUCCAGGACAAACUUACGAUGCCAUUCGUCAGUGCAAACUGGCAUUCGGACCCGAAUACACAGUGUGUCCCGGUAUGGAUGUGUGCUCCCGCCUGUGGUGUGCAGUUGUUCGCCAGGGUCAGAUGGUCUGUCUGACUAAGAAGCUGCCUGCUGUGGAGGGGACACCAUGUGGAAAAGGCAGGAUCUGCCUCCAGGGAAAAUGUGUUGACAAAACCAAGAAGAAAUAUUACUCGGCUUCAAACCAUGGUAACUGGGGGUCCUGGGGACCUUGGGGACAGUGUUCCCGUACCUGUGGUGGAGGAGUUCAGUUUGCCUACCGUCACUGCAACAACCCAGCUCCCAGAAACAACGGCAGGUACUGCACUGGCAAGAGGGCCAUCUAUCGCUCCUGCAACGUCACACCUUGCCCAGCAAAUGCUAAAUCUUUUCGACAAGAACAAUGUGAAGCAAGGAACGGCUAUCAAUCUGAUGCAAAGGGUGUCAAAACAUUUGUUGAAUGGGUCCCCAAGUAUGCUGGAGUACUUCCUGGAGAUGUUUGCAAGCUCACCUGCCGAGCCAAAGGAACUGGCUAUUAUGUGGUAUUUUCUCAAAAGGUAACUGAUGGAACGGAGUGCAGGCCGUACAGCAAUUCAGUCUGUGUCCGGGGAAAGUGCAUCCGAACUGGUUGUGACGGCAUCAUUGGUUCAAAGCUCCAGUAUGAUAAGUGCGGUGUGUGUGGAGGAGACAAUUCCAGCUGCACAAAAGUCAUGGGAACCUUUACCAAAAAGAGUAAGGGCUACACAGACGUAGUGAAAAUCCCAGAAGGGGCGACUCACAUCAAAGUUCGACAGUUCAAGAUUAAGGACCAGAGCAGGUUCACUGCCUACCUGGCCCUGAAAAAGAAAAAUGGUGAGUACCUUGUAAAUGGAAAAUAUAUGAUCUCCACUUCAGAAACGAUCAUUGACAUCAAUGGGACUGUCAUGAACUAUAGCGGUUGGAGUCACAAAGACGAUUUCUUGCAUGCAAUGGGACAUUCUGCCACAAAAGAGAUUCUUAUUGUGCAAAUACUCGCAACUGAUCCAACUCAACCAGUGGAUGUCCGUUACAGUUUCUUUGUGCCAAAGAAGCAAGGGCAAAUGACUAACUCUGUCACCAGCAAUGGCAACACCAACAAAGUAACUCCGCAGCUCGUGCAGCCGCGAUGGGUUACUGGACCGUGGCUUUCUUGUUCUCGAACAUGCGACACAGGAUGGCACACCAGGACUGUCCAAUGCAAAGAUGGGCAUGGAAAAUUAGCAAAAGGAUGUCUCCUCUCACAGAGACCAUCAGCAUUUAAACAGUGCUUGCUAAAAAAGUGCUAACCUGUGGUUGUGAUCUUCUUUAAAAGAGGUUUGAUUAAGCCAUUGUUGACAUACUGGUAUUAGGUCUGCCCAGUCAGAGAGAAGCCAAGGCUUCAAUGUACUUACACGCAGUCUCAAAUUAUGGGCAGAAUCUGCCUAUUUGGACCAAAUGAAGAUGUGCACUGCUUUAAAUAAUAGUAGGGUGAUCUUGAUAUGUCAAAAAACUAAGCAUUAACAUUGUAAGCCCUCCGUGUCUGCAAAAAUAUAAAACAAAGAAAAAAGAAGAAAAACUAGUGAAUGGAGGAUCCUGGGAUAUUUGAAGGUUACAGAAUCAUCUCCCCUUUUUCACCUACCUCUAAUACAGUAUGUCUUUAGAAAGCAUCACACAUAUCCAUAAUACCACAGUAGCUUAUUUUAUACUGUUUUGUAAAUACCUUUCAUUUGAUAUGUCACUUUAUAUCACUGGUUCUAUUAAAA